AUGUUUAUUCGUCGUUUACUGCUUAUAUUUCAUCGACGCAAACUACGUACACUACUUUUUGCAUCCCUGUUUAUCCUGGCUUUCUUAAUAUGUUGGAGUUUGCUAACGAUUACCAUCCUAAUAGUGCAGGACAAGAUUACCGAUUAUACAGAUGAUGUAUUCACGGAUAGAAAUUCGUAUUUGAGUCAAGGAAUACAAAUAGUUGUUGGCCACUACAACGGAAAUCUUGCCAAGGAUAAACUUUCUAAUUUAACUGCUGAGCAAUUGAAUGCAAAUAAUUAUUCGCCAAUUACUGGUGCUGGAGAGGAUGGCCGACCUGUUAGAUUAAGUGAAGAGGAUGAGCGUCUCUCCGAAGACACCUUUGUAAUUAAUCAGUUCAGUUUGGUAGUAAGUGAUCGAAUAGCUCUAAAUCGAUCUUUACCUGACAUUCGUAAGCAUCAAUGCCGAACCAAAACCUAUUUGCCUUCUUCGGAAUUACCUACUACCAGUGUCAUCAUUGUUUAUCACAACGAAGCGUUUUCGACAUUGAUGCGUACCGUCAUGUCCGUUAUUCAAAGAUCACCACGUGAAAACUUGAAAGAAAUUAUUUUGGUGGAUGAUUUUAGCACAAGAACGUUUUUGAAAGUUGAAUUAGAGAAAUUCGUUGCUCAGUUGGGUACUCGUAUCAAAAUAAUUCGAGCGAAUGAACGCGUCGGUUUGAUAAGGGCCCGCCUGAUGGGUGCUAAUGAAGCAGAAGGAGAUGUGUUAACUUUUCUGGAUUCUCACUGUGAAUGUACCAAAGGAUGGAUGGAGCCACUGUUGGCACGGAUUAAAGAAAACAGAAAAGCAGUAGUUUGUCCUGUGAUUGACAUUAUCAACGAUCGAACAUUUGCAUAUCAGAAAAGUAUCGAGCUAUUUCGCGGUGGUUUCAAUUGGAAUCUACAAUUCCGGUGGUAUGCUCUGCCAUCGGAAAUGAUAAAAUCACGUAGUGACGAUCCUACGAAACCGAUCAUUUCUCCAACGAUGGCUGGUGGAUUGUUUAGCAUCGAUCGGAAAUAUUUCGAAGAAAUUGGUACUUAUGAUCACGAAAUGGACAUAUGGGGUGGCGAGAAUAUUGAGAUAUCCUUGAGAAAAUUUGGCAUAUGUUGGCUCUUUUAUUAA